GAUCUUCAUCCGACUGUCCACGCGACGUACGUCUGCACGCAGCGGCUGGAUUGUGCACAUCCAUCCAUGUCAUGCACACCAUGCAAAGUGGACAAAGACUUCAUCGACCGCAUGUGUGUAGAGAACAAAAGAGAGCGGACAAUGGAUGCAAAACCGCAGCAAGCAAGGAGAGAAGAAAGCUCACCUACCUGGCUUGAAUCACGCUCCCGCAGAGAGAAAGAGAGAAAGCGAGAGGUCCGUUUGGCGCGUCCUGUCUGUCUGUCUGUCUGUCUCACCCGCAUCCGACCCGCACGCCUACAAAGAAAGGCAAUCCCUGAUGAUACUCAUCCACCCGUCCCUGACUUGCCAUGGUAAGCACACUCACACACAAGAUGUAUGGAUGGCCACCUCAGGCCCCUCACUCAAACCACUCGACCCUCCCUCCCCCCAUGACUGGCAUGAAUGCACCGCCCUCAUGCAUGGGCAUCAUCCCGUCAUACAAGUCGCCCAUUCCCCCACCGCCGCCCACCCAUCCCUCACCACGCCACACACCACCCCUUCCCGCCAUGCCGCCCCGCCGCAUGCCGCCCCUCAUGCCCCGCGCCCUGCCCCCACGCCACAUCGACGGCCUGCGCCACAAUGUCGGCUGCCGCUGCUGCUGCUGCUGCUGCUGCUGCUGCGAUGUCUCAUCCAUGCUGUAGCUAGGGGGCAUGCUCAUGAAUGGGCCGGCAACGGGGAACAAGGGCACGUCGUAGGCAGACGCAUUGGAUUGGGAGGGUAUGGGGGCCAUGUGGCCGGGGGGUGGGACGUCGAAAGAGGCGGGGAAGGGAUAGUCGGCACCGAAACCAAUGGGGGAGUCGUCGGCAGGGAAUGGGGGCAGCGACAAGCCGCUCAUCGCGGACUGCCGCUCUGCAUAGGGGGAGGAGGCGAGAUACCCGACGCGCUGGUCAGGGAAAUCCUGGACGUGUUGGUCAUGAUAGGGCUCCCAUGCACGCGCUAUCCGACCACCCGCAGCACCACCGACGCCAUAGCUACCGGCCCCAGCCGUCGCCAGCUGGUCACCACUGUGACUGAGCGACGAAAAGUCGUUGGUCGACGGCAUAGGGAAGAACUCGGGCGCGUCCACAGAGAGGGAUUGCUGGGGCACUCGAGAGAAAGACGUGGGGCCGCUGCGAUGGGACACACUCGGUGUGAAGGACGGCGCAUUGGGGUCGAGCUGGCUGCUGCUCUCCGAUGGCAUGGCCGGUGGGGCGCUGUCAGUCUUCACACCAGGGACCUGGCUCUCCUCAGACACGUCACCCUCCCCCGCCUCAUCGCUCUCUGUGUCCUGAGCUGAGGCGAAGGGCUCGACAUCAACAUUGCACAGCGAGUGGAAGGGCGGCGGCGGGGCGGUCGAGGGCUCCUCAUCGCCCGUCGGCAGUGUGUCAUGAUGGCUGGACUCGUCAGCCCGUCCGUCAAAGGACGACACGACUGCAGCCAGAGGAACAAGGCGAGAUAAACACGUGAUCGAUUCGUCUGGCCUUCACUUUGUGUGCUGACUGACGGACCACUGGCGUGAGGGAAUGGGAGUGCCGCAGCGUCGCCUUGCUCUUUGCACCCCUCCUUGGCUACAGCAGCUGCCCCUGCCACCACCUGACGCACGGCCUUGGGCACCAGCCGGCUCCCCUGCCCCUCUGCCCCACCCUCCCCCUGCCACUUAUCGCCCUCAUGUGCCACGGUCACGUGCGGUUCUCGCGCAGCUGCAUCGCCCAGCCUCUGUUUGGUCUGCAGGCCGUUGUGUCCGUCUGACGGCAGGCGUGUGGGCGCGAUGCCGAUGGAUGAGUUGGUGGUUUGAGUGCGGGACUGUGACAGUCGGCUGUCUUCGGCUGUGGUGGGCGGCUGCUUGGGGAGAGGCUGGGAUGGGUCGGCGGGCUGUGCCAUGGUGCCGCCGAGAGGAUCAGAUGCGCCGCCGUCGGCAGGCAGAGAUGCAUCGCGGCACGAUGAAGUGAAUGGACCUGCGUGGAUGAGAGAGGAGAAGAGGAGACCAUACCAUACAUGCGAUACGUGUGGUGGCUGGCUGUUGAGCAGCGUGGGCGGGGCGAGGGUGUGGGUGUGGGUGAUCUCACCGCCAUGCGAUGGUGCCGGUGCGGAGAGGCUCCUCAUGUGGGUGCUAGGCCGCUGGCUGAAGUGGUAGAAAGUCUUGGUCACGGUGAACUGCCAUCCUGGCGGCACCGCUGCCUUCGAUGAUGCUAGCAUCGGUAUUCCUUUC